ACACACCGGCGCGUGCUGACGUCGAAAAUGCAUCAAACUGUCUGCCGCUUUUGCAGAAGCGGAUUCCUUCUUUAUGAGUCGUUUUUUAGAUCUAGAAGGAUGUCCUUUGGGAAUAAGGGAUAAAUUGACCAGCGAUCUGUGUAUUACACGAACGUUAAAAUGGUUGUUUAGGUCCUUUAAAUGUGUCUUUUUUCCAUUCAGAUAUUUGCAAGAAUGUGCUUGGCGACAGUGCCGCUGAGCAGUGGGCGGUUUCUGUCUAGCGUUCGUGUCUGAGUGCUGGCGAAACCCGCCGCAGUGACUUAGGUUGCACGUUUUUUUCUGUAAAACAACAACACGACUAAUGAACUUAAAUGAAGAGGUCAAUGUGUUUUACAAUUGCGCGUAAAUCUGGUAAACCUGUUCCUUGUGUUUGUGUGUAGUCAAAACUCGAGGGACUGUAGCUGCGAUUCGAUCCUCCCUCUUUUGUACUCUUCUCAUUAUUCCUUUCGGUGAGUCUCAAACGUCCUGCCUCAAUGCUAUAAAUACGGAGGAUGUCCAACCCUGAGAAAUUACUCUCAUCACGCCCCCUAACCCCCUUAACUACUGGGAAAACGCACAGAUCCGCAGACAGCAUUCACGUUUACAGCAGUUUGUCUCCGGAAAGCGGCUGGGCAUGUAGUUCCGCUUUUUUCGCAGCGACACCGAGGAACAGCAGUCGGGGAAGAGGCAACAGCAUCGCCGCGCACUCCGCAAUUCCCCGUCUCCCUCCUUCUCUGUACUCCUCGCUAUCCCCUCCGACAUCCACCUCUUCAACGCGCAAACUUACUGGGCUGCCACGACGGGGAGGUGGUGGAUCGGUGUUUAGCAAUAGCGAGGCAAGUAGGGGCGGACAGCUUUGGACAUCGUACUCAGCACGCUCCUUUCACGGCUCUCCUCCCGACUUUCACGGACUGAACAGACCUCAUCCGCACGCGUUCUGGUUGAAUCAUUUCCUUAACAGCGGGACUGCUUAUAGUCGGAGUUACCACAGAGGCGCGCUUUUCUCUGUUGCUUCUCCCUCUCCGCGCUUGGAGCCAGACAUGGAAGAUGGUCCGCCUUCAACAAGCUGUUUCAGAAGGCUUACGGACUGUUUCCUUGGCACAAGUCUCACGGACGAGAAGGUCAAGGCAUACCUCUCUCUGCACCCUCAGAUGCUGGAGGAGUUUGUGUCGGAGAGCGUGAGCGCAGAGACGAUCAGCAAAUGGCUGCAGAGGAAGAACAGCAGCAGGAUCAGUGAUGAUUCCUCCUCAAAAGAAGUCAGCAGGAGAACUGACACAAAGCUUUACAGAGUAACAGAAGGAACACUAGCCUGCAUAAGGUAGGCAGUGGUAAGGUUACUCUAUGCUGAAAUAGCAGUGUGUGGUUGGGUUUUUGUGUGCUGCAGACCUUGCAAGCAGAGUGAGGCGCAAAGGAUUAUGGGGAAGAGGGGAGGGGCUAGGGGUGUGUACCAGGGGGCCCCUCAGUGCGUCAUUCAUACGUCUGGAAAAACAGGAUGUGGAUGGAUCGCGUCCCCGGAGGUCGUCCUAAUAUGCCUCUUGCCCACCGUCCCUUACUGACCCCUUCCAGGAGAAAAAGAAAGGGAGGGAGAGAGAGAAAGAGAAAGACAAAGAGAGAAAGAAAGAGAAUGAGGGAGAGACACAGACACAGUCCAUUUCUGUGUCUGCUCUCUCUCUCCCUCCCUCUCUCCCUCCCCCUCUCACUCUCUCUGUCUCUCUCUCUCUCUCUCUGCUCACAGGGCCCAGUGUUAUGUAAUAAUAUUCUUGCGCAGAUUUCUGGCAGUUGUAGUGAGAGUUGCAGAGUGGUUAUGGCCUCUCUGUGGGUGUCAGUGUGCCGGUUGGGCCCUGGUGUAUAAUUUGGCAGGAGCAAGGGGUGAAGGGAGUAGGUCGGAGUUGAAUAAACCAAUGCAUGGACCAUUUCCCAGAAUGCCAGAGAAAGACUUCAGAAAAGACCAAUAGUAGAAGGAAAGAAGCCAAGGCUGUGUGCCCGCAGCUUAUGUUUGUUUGCCACACUGGCUGCAUGUCAACAGUGCAGUCAAUUGGCAUUCUGGUGUUUCAGCUGAAAACUUGGCUUCUGCUUGUGUGGAUUUGAUUUGGGUCCUGUUGAGACAUGGCAUGUACUGUUUUUCAUAUGAAUGCUUUUUUUUUUUUUCCUACGCCUUAAUUGGGUUGGGAAAUGCAUCACCGUGGCAAUGCCGGAGCAGGAAGGGGUCCAUCUCCUGGUAACCGUGUGGGGUUGUGUGACGUCCACGAGUUCGGCGACUUGCAUGGUGUGUUUCUCUCUUGUGUCCAGCAGUACCAGGACAGCAAUAUGCAGGGCGUGGUGUACGAGCUCAACAGCUACAUGGAGCAGCGUCUGGACACUGGAGGGGACAACAAGCUCCUGCUCUACGAGUUGUGCAACAUCAUCAAAACUGCCACGAAAGCCGAUGGAUUUGCACUUUAUUUUCUUGGAGAAUGCAACAAUAGUUUAUGUUUGUUCACCCCGACUGGAGCAAAGGAGGGGCUUCCAGGCCUCAUCCCCUCUGGCCCCAUCGCGUUUGGUACCACCAUCGCCGCCCACGUCGCCAAGACGCGCAAAACACUGCUGGUGGAGGACAUCCUGGGGGACGAGCGCUUCCCCCACGGCACAGGGCAGGACUCAGGGAGCCGCGUUCAUUCUGUUCUGUGUCUACCCAUCCUCACCGCCAUCGGAGAUCUCAUCGCCAUCCUGGAGCUCCACCGCCAGUGGGGCCGGGAGCCCUUCAACCUCAGCCACCAGGAGGUUGCCACGGCAAAUUUAGCAUGGGCCUCUGUGGCCAUUCAUCAAGUGCAGGUAUGCAGGGGCCUGGCCAAACAGACUGAACUCAAUGACUUCCUGUUGGAUGUUUCAAAAACCUACUUCGAUAACAUCGUGGCAAUAGAUUCACUACUUGAACAUAUUAUGAUAUAUGCAAAAAACCUGGUGAACGCAGACAGAUGUGCGCUCUUCCAGGUGGACCACAAUAACAAGGAGCUGUACUCGGACCUGUUCGACAUCGGGGAGGAAAAUGAAGGAAAACCCGUCUUUAGGAAGACCAAAGAAAUCAGGUUUUCUAUAGAUAAAGGAAUAGCGGGGCAGGUGGCCAGAACGGGAGAGGUUCUGAAUAUUCCAGAUGCCUAUGCAGACCCUCGCUUCAACAGAGAUGUGGACCUGUACACUGGCUACACCACCCGGAACAUUCUAUGCAUGCCUAUCGUGAGCCGGGGGACCGUAAUAGGUGUCGUACAGAUGGUGAACAAACUCAGCGGAAGUGCCUUCACUAAAACGGACGAAAACAACUUCAAAAUGUUUGCUGUCUUUUGUGCACUGGCCUUGCACUGUGCAAACAUGUACCACCGGAUCAGACAUUCGGAGUGCAUCUACAGAGUGACCAUGGAGAAGCUUUCCUACCACAGCAUCUGCACCUCAGAAGAGUGGAAGACCCUCACCCAUCUGUCCCUGCCUGCCCCCAUGUACAAGGAGAUAGAGAUGUUCCAUUUUGACAUAAGUCCAUUCGAGGAGCUCUGGCCAGCUGUCUUUGUGUACAUGGUCCACAGCGCCUGUGGGAAAAACAGUUUUGAGCUGGAGAAGCUGUGCCGCUUCACCAUGUCGGUGCGGAAGAACUACCGGCGAGUUCCGUACCACAAUUGGAAGCACGCGGUGACGGUGGUGCACUGCAUGUAUGCCAUCCUGCAGAAGACCCCUGGGAUGUUCACCGAUCUGGAGAAGAAGGGCCUGCUGGUGGCUUGUCUGUGCCAUGACCUGGACCAUAGGGGCUACAGCAACAGCUACUUGCAGAAGUUCGACCACCCACUGGCUGCCCUGUACUCAACGUCCACCAUGGAGCAACACCACUUCUCCCAGACUGUGUCCAUCCUGCAGCUGGAAGGGCACAAUAUUUUCUCCAACCUGACCUCCGGUGAGUAUGAGCAGGUGCUGGAGAUCAUCCGCAAGGCCAUCAUCGCCACCGACCUGGCCCUGUACUUCGGCAACCGCAAGCAGCUGGUGGAGCUGCAGACCACGGGGGCGCUGGACUUCAACAAUCACGCGCACAGGGACCGUGUGAUUGGUCUGAUGAUGACUGCUUGUGACCUCUGUUCCGUCACCAAGCUGUGGUCGGUCACAAAAGUCACGGCCAACGACAUCUAUGCUGAGUUCUGGGCCGAGGGAGACGAGAUGAAGAAAAUAGGCAUACAGCCGAUUCCUAUGAUGGACCGGGACAAGAAAGACGAGGUUCCCCAGGGCCAGGUGGGGUUCUACAACGCCGUGGCGAUACCCUGCUACACCACUCUGUCUGAGCUCUUUCCCCCCUCCGCCCCCCUCCUGAAAGCCUGCAGGGAGAACCUGAACCAAUGGGAGGGGAUCGUGAAAGGAGAGACGACGUGGGCUCCGCCCCCCACCCCCGAGCCAGCCGAGCCCGAAGACACGGGCCCCGUGAGGGUGGAUAACUGACUGGCGCUGGGGCCGCAGCUGCCGCACCCGGCCAGCCCGCGACCCAAGCCCAGAUCGAGACUGUGGAUUUCCUGUUUGAAUGUCCCACUUCCUGUGGUGGCAGGAAGUGGCGGGUGGCACGAGCAGGGAAGGUGAUUUUUUUCACACAGAGGACAUUUUUAAAAACCAUACAGUUACCUCAAUGGAGCGAGCGAUGGAGGGUUGUGGACGUGGACAGUUUCACCGUGACUCAUGACUGUGCGAGGAGGCUUGCGGGCCGGAGAGCCAAUCACCUGAGAGGCCCAGACUGCCUGGGCUCGCCCCCGGCAGGGUGCAGUUGUUUUAGCGUGUUUUAUUUUUCUGCUGUCAUCGUCGUCGUCGUUUGAUGUCGUUAUGAUUGUUUUUACUUUUUUUUCUUGGGCUUUGAUUUGAUCGUUUUUUUUGCUGAGGCCUUAAAUCUGAGCCCUUUGCACAGCAGAACAUUUGAAAUCUGACUGUAAAAAAAAACUCAAAGGGUUUGGCUUGUUAUGAAAUGGUACCUUUUCUGUUUUGUUUUUUUGUUUUUUUUUUCCUACUGUGGUCGACUUGUAACGUGCGAAGCUAUAGGGGAGAGGCACAGAAUGUUUAGCUUUAGCCAAGAUGCACAUUAAGGCCAUCUCACCGCUGUGGUUUCUGUGUUGCUGAGAGGAAAAGAAGAAUCUUUAACAGUAAUAUACUUGAAUGAAAUACAGCCUAUUUUAGCUACAGAUGGCAAAAAAAACAAAACAAAAUAAUAACAUAGAAAUCCCCCAGCAACCCCUGUGCCAGACACAGGGAGGGAUGUGGGGCAGUGUCUGAUACCUAGGUUCCCCCCGGAGUCCCGCGAGAGAGUCAUGGUGAUCCCCCCCCAAAAUUGCAACUUCACCCCCCCACCCCCCCCACCCCCCCGCUUCCGCCAGGCCUGCCGCCGCUGGCCGGCUUUCGCUCGCCUGGUUACAGGUAUACACAGAGACUUAUGACCCGCGGCAGUGCCGGCACAGGUGAAGGGUGAAGGAGGGCGUGCCCAGUUCCGGUAGCACUGAGAGAGUGAGGGCGGCCAGCCCCGGGCCUGGAGAGCUGUAGGGUCCGCAGGUAAGCAGUCAGUUACGCAGUCAUCUUACCUCAUCUGGUUUCUUGUGUCUGAACUGGUUGCUGAAAGAUGUACCCCAUGACCCUCCAGGACCAGUGUGGGUCCCCCUGCACCAUAGAGGUGAAUAAAUAAUGGGGGCAGAUGGUCUGUAGACUGUUAUUCUGUAGGUGAUUGAACAGCAAGAACGUGGGUUUCAUUUCAGCUCACCUCUGAUCAUAACUCAUAAGUCACUUCUUUAUGAAAAUGGUAGUGAUCACAAUGUAUUUUACGUAAGCAAUUAAUAUCCAUGAAUGCGUUUUUGCUUUAAAUAUGUAAACAUCAAAGCCUGGGGGUUUUUAUUACUCUAUCUGGCUUGUUCCGCGAUUCCAAAAAAAAAAUACCCCCCCCGCCCAGCCCCCCUCCCCCCCUUUAUGUAGUAUUAAUGUUGCCCAGUGAAAUGAAGCUGAUGCUCUAUUAGAUUUGAGGUUUGGGCAGGUUCGAGCCAAACCCUGCCACAUUUAUUGCCAAGGGCAGAGGAGGAUAGUUUUUGAUUUUCAUUCCAAAUAAUUAAAAUGGCACCAUCUUUGUUUGGUGGCUAGUGGAUGACCAAUGCUAGGCUAGGCUAGGCUAGGCUAUACAGUGUCCAUCACUCUCUUACUUGUUCACGCCUUCCAAAUAGGAGUCCCUCGAGCCCCCCAGAUAGACACACACACACUCUCUCUCACACACACACACACACUCUCUCUCUCUCUCACACACACACACACACACACACACUCUCUGUCACACACACACACAUGUACAGAUUACUGUGGAGGAUGUCUACUGUGCAGGUAAAGUCUGCUGUAAUGUUGUAGCAACAUUCCAGGCCCCCCCAGAACAGGACCGUACCGGCCUUGUGCACUGGGGGCCAUGAAAUGCAGUGAGUUUAUUUGUGACUGGAGGCACAGAUACUGUAUUCAGUUUGGCCUGUUCGCUGUUAAAACAAAACAAAAAAAAACACAUUACUUGACCUGGAUUUCUGUGAUCGAAUUCAGGAGUCAGGCUCGUCACUCGUAUCUCGGAUUGGAUACACGUCCGCGUACAUGCUCCAUCCAUUAUAGGCCGUCCACAUGCCCCUCCCACGUCCGUCAUAUGAGCCAGGAUCUAGAAAAUGGUUUCAUGGGAGCUUAGCCAUCAUAAAAAGGAACUUAUACAAUUCUAACAUUGUCUUUGGUAGAUGUUAGAUCGAUUGAAAUAAUAAAAAAAAUAAGGGCUUUUUAAUAGUCAGCCUUUACCAAUGUGUGUUGUUAUUGUGAGGUUAACUUAGAAUCCAAAAAAGAAAAAUAUUUGCCUGCUUAAAAUGAAGUCCGUGCGGUUGCCACAUAAUGUACCUGACAUGAAUCGAUGUUUGUUUGCUCCCUUACAAACAUUUUUCAUAGGACUACUGAACUGAUUUGGCAGGUGGGGCUAGUCCCACUUUUUAAUUACCUAAUUAGGAAUUUGGGGCCAUGUUCACUCCCCUGUGUGGUAUCCUUUCUGGUGUAUAAUUAGGAAGUCCAGCCGUACGUUUCACCAUGAAAACCGUUCAUGCUCCUGGAAGUGUUUCUCCGCUCCCCCAGCACAGCUCUAGAGUCUGGGACAACGAAGGUACGAGCGACCAUGUCUGGUGUAGGUAUGCUGGGGACCAAGGUGUGAAGGUUCAUUGUGACGAAUGUUGUUCUGUUGAAAUGCUUGCUGAUGAAUUGCAUUGUGGGAGGUGGUGAAACCUGAAGGGUUGUGCUUUCUGAUAUCAGUUACUCUGCCUUGUGUUACCUUUUUUUAAAAAAAAGAAACUGCUUCCAGAAGCUCUCUAUAGUCUGCCCUGUAUUCACUGAGUAGCACUCAGAAAAGGUGUAUAUUGGUCUCCAUGUUCUAAGCCACUGUUUCUUAAACUGUGGGUUGGGACCCAAAAUGGGUCUCGGGAGUAUAUGAGAUGGGUCUGCAGUCCAUGAGGCUGUGCUAGUAUGUGUAUUUGGCAGGUCCCUGAAAGGUACAAAUUUCAAAUUUGGGUCCCAAUGCUAAAAAAAAAGGUUUGAGAACCAGUGUUCUAAGCUGCCAUGGAGAAAGUUGGCUGUACACUGUACUAUGGUGCUAAUUUAGGAUGGCAGUCUUGCACUUUCUGACUCCGUUUCCCCCCCACCCCCCACUUCCACACAAGCCCCUCCCCAGCUCCACUCACUCUGUGGUCUAAACAGCUCAACGUUGUGUGUCCCACAGCCUCACCCCCCCCCCCCCCCCCCCCUCCUCCCCCCAUCCCGACCCAAACCCCUGGCAAAGCCUGCUUGUUUGCCACACAUUUGCACCCCUCAUCUGCACUACGUCUAGCUACUUAUUAUCAUUAUUAAUGAUUAUUAUUAUUAUUAUUGGUAUUAUUUUCUUAAUUAGAAUUGAAUUUAAAUUAACUUAUAUUUUUUAUACAAAAAUAAUACAUUUUGGCCUUUUUGUUUUGUACAAAGUGUACGAUAUGAGAAACACAGAAUGGUCAUCUAGACUUGUUGCGUACUGCUGCCCAGGAUUAAUGAGCUGAUGUCUCAACUGUAAAUGUAAGAACAUCACAACUACUUUUAUUAAAUAUUUCUCAAAAUUCA